GUAGAUCUACUCAUGUAUCAUCGUUCCAAUAUUUUGGAUUCGCCGGAGAGAAUGUCUGAUAAAAUCUACUCCGUAUAACUUUUCUUGUGCUUGCUUGGAUGAGUAAUACUCAGAAGUUAAUGAAAGCUACAGACUUGGGAGUUUUUAAUCUUUCCAAUAUGAUCUGAAGUUCAGAUUUCAAGACAAAAAAAUUCAGAUUUCAGACCGCCAUUUAAAAAAAAAAAAAAUCAGACUUUAGCCUCCAGUGAAAUCAGCAGCAUCCGGCAGCUCCGGCGCUCCGCAGACCGUAGCGACUACCGGCAGCCCUCUGCUCCGCCUUAGACCCUCCGUCGUCCGGCAGUAGCAGUAACUGUGGACAGUUAAACUUCUUAGUUUUGAGGAGAAUGGUUCUUGUUUUUUAGCUUCCAUAUGAUGAAGGCCAUAUCGCUUCCUUGCAAGGCAUUGACUUUUCCAGUUUCUAAAUUUAGUGGGCAAAAUCAGAGGAAAGCAAAUAGAGUGAGAAUGGAGCUCUCAAUUACACAACCUGAUGAUUGGCAUCUUCAUCUCCGUGAUGGUGACCUUCUUGAAGCGGUUGUCUCUCACAGUGCACGUAACUUCGGGAGGGCAAUCAUCAUGCCAAAUCUGAAGCCUCCUGUCACCACCACUGCUGCAGCUGUUGCAUACCGGGAUUCCAUCUUAAAAGCAUUGCCUCCUAAUUCUAAUUUUAUGCCCCUUAUGACACUAUAUUUGACAGAUACAACAAGUCCUCUUGAAAUUAAACAAGCCAGGCAAAGUGGAGUAGUAUAUGCUGUAAAACUUUAUCCUGCUGGUGCUACAACAAAUUCUCAGGAUGGUGUCACUGAUCUUUUUGGAAAAUGUUUGCCAGUUCUCGAGGAAAUGGUUGAGCAAAAUAUGCCUCUUCUGGUCCAUGGAGAGGUAACUAGCCCAGAGGUUGAUGUAUUUGAUCGAGAAAAGGUAUUCAUUGAGACAGUUUUAGGCCCUUUGGUUCAGAGACUUCCACAGUUGAAGAUUGUGAUGGAGCACGUCACCACCUCGGAUGCUGUGAAGUUUGUAGAAUCUUGCCGUGAAGGAUCUGUUGCAGCCACUGUCACUCCACAACAUCUUGUUCUAAACAGGAAUUCUUUGUUCCAAGGGGGACUGCAGCCACACAAUUAUUGUCUUCCCGUACUUAAAAGAGAGAUCCAUAGACAAGCUAUUGUCUCAGCGGUGACGAGUGGCAGCAAACGAUUUUUCCUCGGAACUGAUAGCGCCCCGCAUGAUCGAAAGAAGAAAGAAUGUCCAUGUGGAUGCGCUGGUAUUUACAACUCUACCGUAGCCUUGUCAGUGUACGCAAAGGUUUUCGAGGAGGCUGGUGCCCUCGACAAGCUAGAAGCAUUUACAAGCUUUAACGGACCAGAUUUCUAUGGCCUCCCGAGGAACACAACCAAAAUUAAACUGACUAAAACUCCAUGGAAGGUACCAAAAUCGUAUCCUUAUGCAUCUGGUGACGUGAUCCCCAUGUUUGCCGGUGAAACAUUGGACUGGCAGCCAUUCUCUCUAUAAGCAUAUUAGAAACAUUUUCAGAAUAAGGAUGUUGGCAUAUGAUGUUGGAACAUCAUAAUAAAACCAACAAACAACCUUAAUUAGCUACUGCAGAAGGGAUGAUAAUCUUAUUCUGUGCAUUGGAUGCCAACUUGUAAACAGCUUUUUAGUUAACAAUUAAGUUGAAAUUUACGCCUCGAUUAUCUGCGUCUUAUGAUGUUAAACCUCUUAAUUAAGAAGAAAUAUUAGUAUUUUUGUUUACAA